AAUGGAAAUGUUUAAUAUUUUGAAAAGAAAGAAUAGCCUGCGAAGCCUCCACCAUCUUGCUACUCUCCCCGCUUCGUUUCUCUGGCAUCCUGUCUUCAAUUUUUCCAUUCCUCGGUUUCUGGACGAGAUAGGGUCUCCGGCCUCGAGGACUAGCUGCUGUAACCUUAAAUUCUGUCACCGGAUUUAAUCCGACUCUUUCGUCUUCACCUCUAUUCAUUUUUCUCAAUUUUUCGUCGGUUGAUCCGGUAUUAGGCGGUUCUAGGAACAAAUCAGACUUCCAUUCCACCAUUAUACUUUGGCUGGGCACCUGUGGGAUGGACGGGGGUGGCGCGGCGUAUAAUCCCCGUACACCGGAGGAGGUAUUCCGGGAUUUCAGAGGACGUCGGGCCGGCGUUGUCAAGGCUUUGACAACAGAUGUGGAGACGUUCUACCAGCUCUGCGAUCCGGAGAAGGAGAAUUUAUGUCUUUAUGGACUUCCUAAUGAGACUUGGGACGUCACCUUACCUGCUGAGGAAGUUCCUCCUGAGCUUCCUGAACCUGCUUUAGGAAUAAAUUUUGCUAGGGAUGGCAUGGAUGAAAGGGAUUGGCUGUCACUUGUAGCCGUCCAUAGUGAUGCCUGGUUACUUGCAGUUGCCUUCUAUUUUGGCGCUCGUUUUGGUUUUGACAAAGAGGCUAGGAAAAGGCUCUUCACCAUGAUUAACAAUCUUCCAACAAUUUAUGAGGUUGUGACUGGAACUGCAAAAAAGCUUUCUCAAGAGAAAACCCCCAACAGCAGCAGCAAGAGCAACAAGCCAUUUGCAAAGGCCCAGCACCAGACAAAGAACUCAAAAGCUCCACCUCAGAAAGAUUUUGAUGAAAGCGGAGAAGAGGAGCUGGAAGAAGAUGAAGAUGAGCAUGGAAACACGUUGUGUGGUGCUUGUGGUGACAACUAUGUCAAUGAUGAGUUCUGGAUUUGCUGCGAUGUUUGUGAGCGAUGGUUCCAUGGAAAGUGUGUCAAGAUAACUCCUGCCAGGGCUGAGCACAUCAAACAGUAUAAAUGCCCUGCAUGCAGUAACAAGAGGGCCAGAGCAUGAGGAGGACAAUGGAAAAAAAAGCCAAGCGUGAUUUAAUGGGUUAUGGCCUUGGAAGAAAGACGGUAACCAUUUUGGAUGCAACCAGUCCAUUAUAUGAUGAUUACAUGUUAGAUUUUGCAGUCUGUAAACUUAUUUAUUUCUCCUUUUUUGUAAGCGACAUGAACUUGUUCUGUUUUGUUUUAAAUGCACCUCUUUUUGAGGAUGUCCUUUUUGGCUGUAGUUUCUUGAUGAUGAAAUGCGUCGUUUAAACUGACAAGUAGCUACAAGCUGGUGUAAUUGUAUAUUAUUGCAAUAGCAAUCUUACUCUUUCCUUGACAAACUC